UUUCACUUCUGAAGAGAACAUUGCUCGUCAUCCAGCUGAUAAGGUACAAGCUGUUCUAGGUCUAGACUGGAACGUUUUUCUUUGAAGAACAGCGGCUUGUAAACCAUGUUAAAAAUGAAGUUCGUUACUGUGUCCAUCGCCAUUUUGCUAAUAAUUGCCUUGGUCGGUCAGCAGACGGAAGCGGGGAAAAUGAAAAAAUUUCUGGCUGCUCUGCUCAUCGCAAAAUCAUUGAAACCUAGAUUCAUACCACUUCCCAUUCCUCUGCCUUUCAAACUCAAGAUCAAUAAAGGCGAAAGAAUAGAACCUUAUCCAAUUAAAAGUUACGGUGGAGGUGGUGGAGGCUACGGUGGUGGUGGAUUCGGCGGAGGUGGUGGAGGCUAUGGAGGUGGCGGUUUUGGCGGCGGCGGCGGUGGAUAUGGAGGAGGAGGCAAUGACUUGUGGUAAAAGAAGAUGAAAACCUCAUUGGAAAAUGCAAAACAUUUCCACUAUUACAUCCCAUUUCAUUAUCUACAAAAAUUAUUCAUUCGUUGCGAAAGACGAUCAAAGUUCAACCUCCGUGUACAUAAAGAAUUAUUGCCAAUUAUUCCUUGUAUA